AUGUCACUCACCAUGCAAGACUAUGCAAACAAGCACUAUGGCGAAAGGACUUAUACCAGCCUCCAGGCUAUCCUAGACGACCCCCACCAGCUCCUCACAGACGCUAAUGAUGCACUCCCAAGGCCACCAGGCGGUGGUCUUGAAGACAUUCUCUCUGCCUCCCGGUACCCACAAGCCUUGAUGCAGCCUUACCAUGACCCAGAGCCAGAACCACCCCGUCGCAAGAGGAAGGCCUCUGCGUCCAACCAACUUUAUGGCGGUCUAGUCUUUGCCCAGGCAUCAAUCGACAGCAAUCAAUCAUCGUCGGCAGAACAGGAACACCCUCCAACAAAGAAGGAAAGGAAGAUGGCUAAGCGGGCAUCUCCAGACGAUGCGAACGACCAAAACGAGAGCAAGAAACAACGAGGUCGUCCCAGGUUGGAUACUCAUGACGAGACCGCAGCGGAGCGACGUCGGACGCAGAUCCGCCUGGCCCAGCGAGCCUAUCGACACCGCAAAGAAACCACCAUUUCGGCUUUGAAGGAAAGGGUAUCGAACCUCCACGACACUAUCGACCAAAUGAACAAGACCUUCCUUACUCUUCAUGACAACAUGGUCGACGCCGGGAUCCUAACAUCACAUUACGCCCUGGGUCGUCAACUCCAGGCUGCGACAGAGGACUUUGUCGCACUGUCCAAGAUCGCAGCCUCAGACUCGGAUGACGAGGACGAGAAAAUUGCCGACCUUACCAAGGAUGCCUCUGCUGAGCCGGAGCCGGAACCUGAAAGACGUAAACGCAGCGCCGCAAAGGGAGCCCCAGCCUCAGCCACAGUUUCGUCCUCCCGUCCGACCAGAAAGUCUGCCCGCAAUACAAACCGCGGGCCUAGCUUUGACCAGGUUUGGAACGAUGCAGACGCAGACAUGGAAGAAGUUACCCAAGGUAUUCGGCACAACACGAACAACAGCCCGCUCUUCGCCCUCUCGCAAGCCGUCUACGGCGCCGACGACACAUCGAACCUUCAUGGUCUAAACGACCUCAUGUCCUUCAACGCCAGCGUCCCGGAGUUACUAUUUCCCGACGAUGACGACCUCCCUCUCAUCACUCUUAGAGGGACCAGCGACAAACAGUCCCUUCAGGCACUCGACAAAUAUCAGUUGGAGAGACCCCUUAAACCAGCAUACAACAACGGCUCCUACACCUAUUCUUUCCAAGAAACGACCUUCGCCCGACGCCUACACAGAAUGUGUCUUGAGCGCGCCUUCCGGAACCUGACCAACCCGGCCAUGGACCCAGGCUACAUCCAGCGCGUAUUCCGCUUCACCUUCACAUUCAGCAACCGCAAGCGCAUGCUCCAGCGAUUCCAGGAGAUGCUGAAGCGCAAGGCCGGCGAGAGUCUGGAAAACUGGAACGUGCCGUUUUUCCGCAUCGGUGGCGCAGGCACGCAUUUCCCUAGGCGCGAUGACGAGGGGAACCCGAUAUACCCUCCUAACAUGGUGAGUGCGGCGAAAGCGUUCGUCGGACCGCAGCCGCACAUCGAGGUUGAAACGCCCAGGAGUGAGGCGUCUAUCAACGAGAUGCUGGAGAAUAUUGGGUUUGGGGGCGAGUGGUAUGACAGCCAUGAUGUCGAGGAGUACUUGAAGACCAAGGGAAUCUUUUUGGAUGGGCAGAGCUCGUUUGUUGAGGUCGAUCGGAGUGUGUUGCCUCUCGUCAAAGCUGGAACCCACAGCCGUAGCAGGAAUCGGAACAGCGAUGCAACAAUGACGACGGCGAGUUCGACGACGCGCAGUCCGCUUGAGAGUCUGGCCGGCGUGCGCACGCCGAGUCCGCCUUUAUUGAGUGAUCUUGCGGAUCCGUACAUGUCGCGAGAUUUGGGUGAGUUGUUCGCGAGCACGGGCACGAGCACUUCGAUGCCAUUGUUCAAGGACGCUGAUAAUCCUUGGGCUGAGUUCACGGGUUAUGGAGGAGUGCAGAAUUCACCACCAGAAUACAUGGCUGGAUUCAAUGACCUUUCGGGCCGAAGAGCGUCGCCGGUUAUGUUUGAUGUCGAGCAGUUCCUGGAGAACAUGGUUGAGGAUAGCGCAUGUCUUGGGAGGGCGCCUGGGUUCAGGAAGGAGACGAUUGAUAAUGCGUUGAUGAUGAACGUGCAGGAGGGUUUCUGA